UCAUGUGACGGUUACACAGGCCUCGCCGCUACAACACAUUCUGCGCCGCCUGCAACUGACCAAAGCAACGGGGGAGGGGUGACAUGGCUACGUUGUUUUUUACGGAUUUUGCAGCGCAGUCGGACGUAAUGACGGGCUCUGGACCGUCCGCCAUGGAGACUAUUAAGCAUCCCUGAAUUUACUAUUACUGAGGCCUUAAACUGCAUGGCGGGCGUGUCCAGGGCGAGUGCGGGUACAGCGGGCAGCCAUGUGUGAAGAUAUCAAAGCCAUGGAGACAGAUAUGUGAUGAGACAGAGGGGGGGGGGGGGGCUGAGACGGACGUGGGAUUAAUUAAACUCAGCUGACCGUCCCGAAGAUCUGGAGGAAUGUAUCUGCAGGUGGGCACAGAGAUCUGGAGGAGGGCACAGAUCUGGAAGAAGGUAUCUGCAGGUGGGCACUGACGGAGGAGGGCACAGAGAUCUGGAGGAAUGUAUCUGCAGGUGGGCACAGAGAUCUGGAGGAAUGUAUCUGCAGGUGGGCACUGACGGAGGAGGCACAGAGAUCUGGAGGAAUGUAUCUGCAGGAGGGCACAGAGAUCUGGAGGAAUGUAUCUGCAGGUGGGCACAGAGAUCUGGAGGAAUGUAUCUGCAGGUGGGCACAGAUCUGGAGGAAUGUAUCUGCAGGUGGGCACAGACGGAGGAGGGCACAGAGAUCUGGAGGAAUGUAUCUGCAGGUGGGCACAGAGAUCUGGAGGAGGGCACAGAGAUCUGGAGGAAUGUAUCUGCAGGUGGGCACAGAGAUCUGGAGGAGGGCACAGAGAUCUGGAGGAAUGUAUCUGCAGGUGGGCACAGAGAUCUGGAGGAAUGUAUCUGCAGGUGGGCACAGAGAUCUGGAGGAAUGUAUCUGCAGGUGGGCACAGAGAUCUGGAGGAAUGUAUCUGCAGGUGGGCACAGAGAUCUGGAGGAAUGUAUCUGCAGGUGGGCACAGAGAUCUGGAGGAAUGUAUCUGCAGGUGGGCACAGAGAUCUGGAGGAAUGUAUCUGCAGGUGGGCACAGAGAUCUGGAGGAAUGUGUCUGCAGGUGGGCACAGAGAUCUGGAGGAAUGUAUCUGCAGGUGGGCACUGACGGAGGAGGGCACAGAGAUCUGGAGGAAUGUAUCUGCAGGUGGGCACUGACGGAGGAGGGCACAGAAAGUUAGGGAGUUAAACCCGGAUGAUGUUAUAAUGAAGGAUCAGCGCUGCCCCUGGCGGCGGCCCCGUCCAUAUCUCGCCCUCGCUGACAGCUGGCCCGGCCUGAUACAACAUGUGUCCUGCGCUGCCACAAUAAGAGCUUUGUUUCUCGUGUACACCGUGGUAUCGGCGGCGGUGCCAACUGUGUCCUCACACAGAACCAGUGCAGAGAAGCCAAGCAGCCAGGUGCCAACCUCCGCAGCGGGUAUCAUGGGUGCAUUAACCCCAAGAGCUCCAAGAUUGGCCUCUGUUUGCAGAUCAGAGGUGUUAAUCUGAUCAUCUCUGAGCUCCUAAUCCGCCGGAGAUUAUGUCAUCCGACACCCAGUAAGUGGAUCCCGUCCAACUGCCACAUGCGCUGCCGGGCAGACUGGUGCCAGCUUAAUGGCAGCGUCUCCACACCGCUUCUUACUACAGAUAUCACUGGUUAUGUCGGGAGGAUAAGCAGACUGAUCGGGCAGCGGUCACCCAUCAACCACAUGCUGCCAUGCGAUAAUGUGCGACACCGACCAGAUGCAAGUGUGGUGCACUACACGUAACAGUGCAACUGGCACCUGUGUGCACAUUUCCCCCCUAUGGGUGAGUGGCAGGUUCACGCCCCCACAUCUCCUGUAGAAUUUUCUGCCCAUUCACAUUAGAUGUCCGUCGGUAGAGGGCACCGUUAUACCGCCAUGUACGGCUGUUGCCCUCCAGAGUCUCUGGUAUAAGAUGGCGGGAGGCAGCUUCCUGACAACGUGCGGCCCCUGAACAGGAAACCACAAAGCAACAGAAAGGGCCGGGUACCUGCACAUCUGUGGGGAGGGGACGGGCGGUGCCGCCGAGAAGACUCAGAAGGGCCACAGGUACAAGCCACAAGCUAAAAUCUAUACUGGCCCAGUCCUGCAGUUUGUUACAAUGUGUCAGUGCAGGUACGGCUUCAUUCGUAUCCACACUGGAGGCCGGUCCAGUGAAAUGACAAAUCCCAAUGACCCCCAAUAUAUACAGGCUGUGUCUGGUACUGCAGCUCCCCUGGGUGGGACAACCUGUGGACAAGUCAGCAGCCAUGUUUUAUCUGGGCAUGGACAUUCUAACAUUUAUAGUGGGCCCUGUAUACUGCCGCCAUGUACUAGGACCGAACAGCCCUGCCCCGCAUACUGCCGCCAUGUACUAGGACCGAACAGCCCUGCCCCGUGUUCUGCCGCCAUGUACGUCCAGCCCUGCCCCGCAUUCUGCCGCCAUGUACGUCCAGACCUGCCCCGCGUUCUGCCGCCAUGUACUAGGACUGAACAGCCCUGCCCCGCGUACUGCCGCCAUGUACUAGGACCGAACAGCCCUGCCCCGCGUACUGCCGCCAUGUACGUCCAGACCUGCCCCGCGUACUGCCGCCAUGUACGUCCAGACCUGCCCCGCAUACUGCCGCCAUGUACGUCCAGACCUGCCCCGCAUACUGCCGCCAUGUACGUCCAGACCUGCCCUAUAUACUGCCGCCAUGUACGUCCAGACCUGCCCUGCAUACUGCCGCCAUGUACGUCCAGACCUGCCCUGCAUACUGCCGCCAUGUACGUCCAGACCUGCCCUGCAUACUGCCGCCAUGUACGUCCAGACCUGCCCUAUAUACUGCCGCCAUGUACAUCCAGACCUGCCCUAUAUACUGCCGCCAUGUACGUCCAGACCUGCCCUAUAUACUGCCGCCAUGUACGUCCAGACCUGCCCUAUAUACUGCCGCCAUGUACGUCCAGACCUGCCCUGCAUACUGCCGCCAUGUACGUCCAGACCUGCCCUGCAUACUGCCGCCAUGUACGUCCAGACCUGCCCUAUAUACUGCCGCCAUGUACGUCCAGACCUGCCCUAUAUACUGCCGCCAUGUACAUCCAGACCUGCCCUAUAUACUGCCGCCAUGUACAUCCAGACCUGCCCUGCAUACUGCCGCCAUGUACGUCCAGACCUGCCCUGCAUACUGCCGCCAUGUACGUCCAGACCUGCCCUAUAUACUGCCGCCAUGUACAUCCAGACCUGCCCUAUAUACUGCCGCCAUGUACGUCCAGACCUGCCCUGCAUACACAAUGAACUCCCUGGACAUCAUCUUCUGCUCUCCUGAUUGGUUGAUAUUCAGACUGCGUCCAUUUGAAACCAAACAGAUUUGUUCCUCCAAGAAGCGAUGUCCUCAGAGCUGAACUUCCUCCUCCCUUCCUGUCACUGAAAGGGGGGGGGGGGGAUUAGUAAAUACAUGGGGAGAGGCCGAAUACAUGAAUGCAGCAGAGUGCACUGACGUGACGAUAUAAAAUGUGGAAGUCCUGCAUGCAGCGAGGAGCAGCCGCCAUGAACCCCUCGGUCAAUCAGGGGGUGCGGGGCGCUCUCAGGGUUAAUGCAGCCGCUCGGUUCCUCUUGCACUUGACAAGCAGGAAGCAGAGGUUCUUCCUGAGCCGCACCCAGCAGCAGCCACUGCACGUCUAUAGCACGGAGCCUGAGAAUCACACAGGGGACCCCAAAAACUACAGAGAAACGUCAUGUGAGGUGGGAAGCACCACACACCGGGGUGUAGACCGCGGCCCCAGGGUGCUGCUCCUCGAUGGCCAGGGUAGAACAUCUCCCCCCCCCCCCCCGGAUCAUGGGGACCGUAAACACAGGGGUCAGAAAGCCACCGCAUCCUGAAACGUUCCGUCACCUUCCCCUGGGGGCAGAUUUACACGGCGUCUCUCCGGGUCUUAAUCCGCUCUAUAUUCUUUCGUAUAACGGGCCGCUCUCGGCGGUGGCCGCAGCCUCUUUGCUGCGAGGAUCGGGUAAUUUGGGAGCAGCGGGGAGGACGGAGCAGUAAUGGCGUCCGAUACCAAGGCGUCUGCUGAACGAUGGCGGCCGUCGGAGACGCGGGGGAAACCAAAUUCCUGAGAAAUAAAUCCAGCAGCCGCUGAGCUCUGAAUAAACUGUUUACUGCAGACGCAGAGACUCCAGGCCGCCCCGCGGGUGAUUUAUAUGGAGGUGCGCUACCGCUGUAUACACCGCGCCUGUGUCUGCUGCCCCCGAUUACAUAAACCCCCCACAUUAUACACACGAGCUGCAGACCCUGCACCAGGAGGGCGAGGCAGCGCAAAACAUCUGCUGCCAGUAAAUGUACUGCCCGCUGGGAAGAAUGACCCCCAAUGGAAGGCUAGAAAACCGUAUAACGCUCCAGCG